AGCUAUACAAGGAUGGGGACAUUGUGUUGGGUGGUAUCUUCUAUUUCCACAGCAGUUGGAAGAACAGAGAGGAAUUGUAUAAACAAAAGCCCUUGGCACUGCAAUGCAUCAGUUUGAAUUUUAGAGAGUUCCAGUUUGCUCAGACCAUGCGUUUCGCCAUCGAAGAAAUAAAUAACAGUACGGACCUGCUGCCGGGAGUGACUCUGGGCUAUAACAUCUAUGACACUUGUGGAUCCAUUCCGAGAAGCAUAAAAGUUGCACUAGCCUUAAACAAUAAUAGUGAAAAUAGAUCUUCAAAUCCUGAGAUGCCUUGUACCAGACCUCUACAAGUGCAGGCUAUAGUGGGAGAAACUUCUUCGUCUCCUAGCACUGCAAUAGGUACACUCAUCGGACCAUUUCAGAUUCCGCUGAUCAGCCACUUUGCCACAUGUGCUUGUCUCAGUGACAAAACUAAGUAUCCAUCAUUUCUCAGAACAAUACCCAGUGACUACUUCCAGAGCAGGGCCUUAGCCCAAAUAGUCAAGCAUUUUGGUUGGACUUGGGUUGGAGCAGUUAGAACUAAUGAUGAUUAUGGCAAUAACGGCAUGGCUAUAUUCACUGAAAUAGCAGAGCAGCUGGGCAUUUGUUUGGAAUAUUCUGUUUCUUUCUUUAGAACAGAUCCUACAGAAAAAAUUCAAAAGGUAAUCAAAACUAUACAGACUUCAACUUCCAAAGUAAUUAUUGCCUUUGUAUCACAUUUAGACAUGGAUGUUCUUAUACAUGAAUUGUCCAACUAUAACUUGACUGGAUACCAGUGGGUUGGCAGUGAGUCCUGGAUUUUUGAUUCUCAAAUAGCAUUAGUGGAUAAGAAUCACAUCUUGGAUGGGGCGAUUGGUGUUUCCAUUCCUGAUACAUAUGUGAGUGGUCUCAGGGAGUUCAUUCUUGAUGUGAUGCCCCUAAAAUCUUUGAACAAUGAAUUAUAUACAGAAUUCUGGGAGACAUUGUUUAGCUGCAAGUUCAAGCAGUCAAAACCAGCUGAAAAUGAUAGAGAAUGUACUGGAUAUGAGAAUCUCACUGGAGUGGAAAACAGCUUCACUGAUAUGUCACUGAUGCCCAUUUUUAACAAUGUCUAUAAAGGAGUGUAUGCUGUGGCCCAUGCUUUGCAUAACAUUCUUAGAUGUGAAAAAACCUGCAACAAGAAUGUGCGGCUUGAUCCAUUUACGAUCUUGCAGCAGAUUAAAAAGACUAAUUUCAGAACAAAAGAAGGUGAAGAGGUUUACUUCAAUGAAGAUGGAGAUCCAGCUGCAAAGUAUGAGGUCAUAAACUGGCAACGAAGAGAAAACGGCUUUGUGGAGUUUGUCACAGUUGGAAUUUAUGAUGCAUCAUUACCAUUUGACAAACAGCUAAAACUGCAAAACAAGUCCUUAAUUUGGGCACAAAGCUCAACACAGGUACCUGUGUCAGUUUGCAGUGAGAAGUGUCCUAAAGGAACACGCAAGGUUCUUCAGAAAGGAAAGCCUGUUUGCUGUCAUGACUGUAUACGAUGUGGUGAAGGAGAAAUUAGCAACAUUACAGAUGCUGUCAUCUGUGUGAGAUGUUCCCUUGAAUCUUGGUCCAAUGAGAGAAGAGAUGCCUGCAUAAAGAAGAAAGCAGUUUUUCUAUCAUAUGAUGAAAUUAUGGGGAUACUCCUUGCAACUGCAGCUUUAUUUGGAAUGAGUAUAACAGCUAUUGUGACAGUAAUUUUCUACAGAAACAGAAAAACUCCUCUCGUCAGAGCAAACAACUCUGAGCUGAGCUUUCUCCUUCUGUUCUCCUUGACCCUGUGUUUCCUCUGCUCUUUAACAUUUAUUGGGCAGCCUUCUAAGUGGUCCUGCAUGCUGCGUCACACAGCGUUCGGCAUCACCUUUGUGCUCUGUCUCUCUUGUGUACUCGGGAAAACAAUGGUAGUUUUAAUGGCAUUUAAAGCUACACUUCCUGGGCGAAACUUGAUGCAGUGGUUUGGGCCUACACAGCAGAGACUCAGUGUUCUGGGUUUUACUCUUGUACAAGUUAUCAUUUGUAUCCUCUGGUUAGCGAUCUCUCCUCCUUUUCCAUCCAAAAAUUUUAAGGAAUUCAAACAAAAAAUUAUCUUAGAAUGUGCUCUUGGCUCAGCUGUAGGUUUUUGGUCAGUGCUAGGGUACAUUGGGCUUCUUGCUUUGUUGUGUUUUAUCCUAGCUUUUUUAGCUCGGAAGCUGCCUGAUAAUUUUAAUGAAGCCAAAUUUAUCACCUUCAGCAUGCUGAUAUUCUGUGCCGUAUGGAUAACUUUUAUUCCGGCGUAUAUCAGUUCACCUGGAAAUUUCAGCGUAGCUGUAGAAAUCUUUGCUAUCCUUGCUUCCACUUUUGGCCUGUUAAUUUGCAUUUUUAUUCCAAAAUGUUAUAUUAUGUUAUUAAAGCCAGAGAAAAAUACAAAAAAGAAUAUGAUGGGGAAAGGGCCGCAGAAGUCCCUCUGA